GUGGCGUUGAAGUGCCUAAGGUUACUGUUUAUCGCAUGAAGAAGAAGCACGCCCAUUUUGCUUGCACUGUAAAUGUCGAAGUGUGCUGUGCUGGCAUAUCAGACAGACUGAAGAGGACAAAGAAACGCAAUGGACGGUGAUGUUGCAGUUGGCGUGAAGAGAGGCUCAGAUGAGCUCAGCAUGUACAGCAGCAGCCCUAACUCAAUGACAGCAAACGGUAGUGACAGUAAGAAACAGCGCCUGGAUGAGUCCCCUCCCUCCAGAGUGCUCCACAUCCGAAAACUUCCCAAUGAGGUGACGGAGACAGAGGUGAUUGCUCUUGGCCUGCCCUUUGGAAAGGUUACCAACAUACUGAUGCUGAAGGGGAAAAACCAGGCAUUUCUAGAGUUGGGUACAGAGGAAGCAGCCAUUACUAUGGUGAACUACUACACAGCUGUAACACCACAGGUCAGAAAUACUCCUGUCUUCAUCCAGUAUUCUAACCAUAAAGAACUGAAAACAGAUUCAGCUCUGAACCAGAGAGCCCAGGCAGUUCUGCAAGCAGUGUCAGCAGUCCAGGAUGGAAGCUCUCCAUCCUCGGACCAGGGCGUGUUGGAGCUCGCUCCACCCCCCAGCCCUGUGCUGCGAAUUAUUAUCGACAACAUGUUUUAUCCUGUAACGCUGGAUGUCUUACAGCAGAUUUUCAGCAAGUUUGGGACCGUGAUGAAGAUUAUAACCUUCACUAAGAACAACCAGUUCCAGGCUCUUCUGCAGUUCAGUGACCCUGUCAAUGCUCAACAAGCUAAACUGUCACUGGAUGGACAGAAUAUCUAUAAUUCAUGCUGCACUCUGCGGAUAGACUUCAGUAAACUGGUCAACCUCAAUGUUAAAUACAACAAUGAUAAGAGUCGUGAUUACACCAGACCCGACCUUCCAACAGGAGAUGGAGAGUCAACCAACAAGGAUCAUUCUUUAUUGGGUACCCCAUCUGGAGCGCUAGCUUCCUACUCCAGCGGAGGAGGUUACUCGUCAUCUCUUUCCCUCUCACAAGGUGGAGGAGCCAUCAGCCCUCUGAGUGCUGCGGCGGCGGCGGCGGCAGCAGCGGGUCGGGUCGCUCUCUCUGGAUCCGGAGUGUCAGGAGUCCUGUUGGCGUCCAACCUAAAUGAAGAGAUGGUCACGCCUCAAAGUCUCUUUACCCUCUUCGGGGUCUACGGUGAUGUUCAGAGGGUGAAGAUCCUCUACAACAAAAAAGACAGUGCUCUGAUUCAGCUUUCUGAUGGCAACCAGGCUCAGCUUGCAAUGAGCCACCUGAAUGGUCAAAAGGUGUUUGGCAAAGUGAUGAGAGUGACUCUGUCUAAACAUCAGACGGUAGCUUUGCCCAGAGAAGGACUGGAUGACCAGUUACUCACCAAAGAUUUUUCUGGCUCUCCCCUCCAUCGCUUUAAGAAACCAGGGUCUAAAAACUUCCAGAACAUCUUUCCUCCGUCUGCAACACUUCACCUCUCCAACAUCAGGGAUGGAGUUGGGGAGGAAGAUCUACGUCGUCUGUUUUCCAACACUGGAGGAAACGUCAAGGCCUUUAAAUUUUUUCAGGACCGUAAGAUGGCCUUGAUCCAGAUGUCGUCGGUGGAGGAGGCGAUUCAGGCGCUGAUUGACCUUCACAACUAUGACAUGGGCGGGAAUCACCAUCUUAAAGUUUCCUUUUCAAAGUCCACCAUCUAACCGGCACACCAAACCUCUAAACAAGAUCUUUGACUAGCAAAGAAGCCACUACCAUUUCUUUUUUUUUUUCCAUAAAUAUGUUUUUGUUUUGUUUUGUUGAAGUAUUGUAAAAUUAAUUCCACUAACUGUGUUUUUUCUUUCUUUUUAAAGCAGUGAAAAAAAGCCUUGCGCUCAGUUUCUGUUUAAAGGCGUUUCUGCUUUGACCUUUUCCUACAUUUUAACAAGCAGAAGACCACCAGCUGAAUGUUGUUUUCCUUUAGUUCUUGUAGGUCUAAAUCUACAACAGUGUCACUGUUGAGUUUUGUUACAGGUGAACAGAAGUAAAAACUAGUGAUUUUAAGCCAAUACUUAGUGCAAAGUGCUGUUUUGAUCUUGUGUUGCUUCACACAGAUAACCUGUGACUAUUCAGUUUCUGGUUCCCUUUGGAUUUUUAGUUGAGGUCUCCCUUCCUUAUUUUCUCCACAUUACGAUGCUUUAUAAAGACAUGCUUCAUGCUUUUUCCACCACUAACAUGUCUGGUCAGCAAAGUGUUGAGAUCAUGAUUGCCACAGUCUCAAUGCACUGUUUCACUUACGUCCAUGCUUUAAAAACAAAUCUACCACCAUUGGUAUGUAGAUGUCAGUGUAAAUCCUGGGGCGUGCAAAUGUUUUGGCACCUCUUAUCAAUAUUUGCCGAUUUAAUUCAAAAUAUGUUUUCGAUACCUGCAGAAAACUCCCUAAAGCACUCCGUAUAGCAUGAGCUCAAGGCAAGUUUUUAACAGCCCAAACUACGUGCAAAUACAUUGCCGUCCUGUGCUGAACUCUUCUAUAAGAUACUUAGAUUUUAGUUGCAGAUUCUGUAAAAUUUUAAAAAAUUUAGUGCUUUAAUGGAUCUAAUUUGGUCUUUUAUCAUUUAAAAUCUGUUAAAUACCUAACAGACUUUUAAUUAAACCUUUGAACCAAAACUUUGUAGAAACAAUACCACACUCUAAACUACAUAAAGUUAAAUAAUGUUAGCAACUUUGUAUCCAGAGAUUAGACCAUCUUUACCGUCUUCACAGAAACAAACAUAAUCAGAGACAAGCACUUCUCAACAAUUCUCCAGAAAGACGUUUUAAACCACAUUUUUAGAUAUUGCUGCACAACCCAGAGCUUUUUUUUAAUACCAUACAUAACUACUUUUGCGGGUCUUCAAUGUCCAAAAAGACUUACAUAAUUAGAGACCACCAGUACUUAAGUGUGUUGAAAUGUCUAAAUCAUAGGAAUCAUCUUGCUGACGUUUCAACAGCUGUACAGUUCAGUUUGUAGCAAAGAGCAUUUUCCUGAAGCCCAGCAGACACUGUGCCGUCUCAGAAAAAACUUACAGGACAUGAACACGUCACUGAGCUCCAUAUUGUAAAAUAUUGAAGGUAACUACUAAUUGUGGCAGUAAAAUUAUGUCCGGAAAUCUAAUGGGUUUCAGUCUAAUGGAAAACAAGUUAUAGGUGUUAACACUCCUGUUCGACUCUGAACAGACGACAACAAUCGGCUGGCUGUCGCAGCAACGGUCACAUCCUACCCCAUGAUUUCUCACAGAAUAUUUCUGACACUGCUCGUCUUGGAACAUCUUUGGUCUGGAGAACACUAAAUCAGCGGUCGGUCAGCCUGCCAUGAAAGAACCACCACAGAUUUUUAUACUAUUCCCUCUUACCAAAAGAUUUGGUCUAAAGCAGUCAGCUGUUUUACCCUGCUUUGGUUCAUGGCCUCCAUCUGAAGCUAACAGCAUUUGCUGAUGAUAGUUUGGUGUUCCUGGAUUGUUGUUUUAUUGCUGGAUGUUGAAUGUAUUGACGUCGCCACACUGCAGUCAUUACUGGGGAUCCACAUGAAGAGCUUACCAUGAGGGACAAAGCCUGUUCAAAUCGCAUCUCCUUUGUUUGAAAUGCAGCUGGAUGCAUGCUAAUGCUGUGUUUAAAUAGGGUUUCUACAUGUGAUUCUGCUUUUGAUCUCUGAUUUUGGGAGAUCUGUUGGGACCACAUGUGCCUUUAGUCUGUGAUCUGGUUUUACUGGUGAUACUUUAGUGUAUAGUAUAAACAGAUCAUUUAUGGUUUACCUUUAUGUUAGCUGGUUUUGUGGUUUAAACGUGUAAAAAGACCAUUUUUGAACGUUUGUAAAAUAAAAGCUCCCGACUGAGAACAGCUUUAACCUUCCAGUAACGCAGACUUCAACUGAUGCUCAGGAGGGUUCGGCUCACUUAUCAGAAGCUUUAUUCAUAAUUGUUGAUUUAAAAUAACAAACAAGAUGACAUUACAAAGCAGAGAUGAGCUCAAAGCUUGAGCUGUCUUUUAAAAUGAGGACAUCUCUAAAGUAGGUUUUUAUUUUCCCAACAUUUUACAUUUUCUCUCAUAGCUAAAAUUUUUAUUUUUGAAGAUUUAUUGUAAAUUUUCUACUUGAUUUAAGUUUGUUUUGUGAAAAGAUUUCAGACUAGCACAAAUUAAACUCGUCUUUUCUACCAACAAGCGCAAGUAAAAGUGUUUUUGUGUAUGAAAUUGAAGCCUUUGGUCUCAUCUGUAUCUAACCUAUAAUAAACUUGUCUGUUCUCACUC